AUGUCAAAACUAUCCCCGGCCCUCAAACAACUCAUCAAUGCGCCAUUCGCGCGUCCUGGAGCACUACCCGCACCCCAAGGCAUCAAGACCUUUUACGAGAACUUGGCCAAGGAUGCAAAGGACAGAGGCGUCGGUGUGCCGGCAUGGUUGUCCAUGGCCACCGCAACGACCAUGACGAUGAACUCGCCCGACUCGCUGGCCGAAUUGUUCCACGCUGCUUCUCCCGAGCACGAUGCAGUGGCCACGGCGGAAUUGAUGAGGGAAGUGGGAUUGAAGUGUAUUGGAUUCAAUGGCGUGCCCCGUACAAUCAACAUGCUGAAUGCCUUCCGCGCUUCUCUUCCCUCGGACAUCGUAUCCUCCCUCUCCACAACACCCACCCGCAUCCCCUCGCCCACCAACAUCACAAACAUGUCUGCGCGCGGAGAGGCGCUGUGGAAAUCAAUCUACGACCCCUUUGACAAGAAACUCUACUCCAAACUCGCCGACUCACAUCCCGACUUGCCCGUACACAUUUUGCACUCUGAAUACGGUGCUCUGUUUGCCGAUCCCAACGAACGCACUCAAGGCAGAGGAGCAGUGGGCAGAGUGUUGACGAGCAUUGUUGCAGUGUCAUGCUUGAGGACGCAAACGGGAGUGGGGCCCCAGGUGUUGAGUCAUGUGUUUGGACUGCGCAAGGCGUUCAAAGAUGGCAGUGCUGAGAAAGAGGUGCAGGGUGGUGAGUGGUUGGCUGGCGAUGAGGGCAGUGUGUGGCUUUUGGAGAGCGUGGAUAGGAUUGUCGAGGCGUUGAGUGGAGGCAAGGGAAGCAGUUAUGCGCCUGGAUCCAUCAAGGCUAAGCUUUAA